AUGAUGCUCCCUCUGGAAAGAGCUGAGACGCUGAUGCUCAUCCUGGUUCUCGCCUGCGUGAUCGCCAGUGGGGGCUCCUCCCAAAACCCUCGGCACGAGAAAUUCUGGAGGCAGCACCACGACUACCCUCGCAGCAACAUGGCCGGGCAAGACUAUUGUGGGACCAUGAUGCUUCGCCGUGGGAUGGCGAGGCCUUGCAAAGACACCAACAGUUUUGUUCAUGUGUCAAAGAACCAGCUAAAGGAUAUCUGUGGCUGGGCUGGAACCCAUUACCGCCGGGCCUUGAGGAUUAGCAGGGAGCCUCUCCAUGUCACCACCUGCAAGCUUCAGGGGACGUUGCGGGGCCAAUGCCGCUACUGGUCCCACACAGGCCAAAGACACAUUCACAUUGGCUGCGAUGCAUCAGGAUGGCCGAUCCGGUUUGAAGAGACCAAUUUUAUGUAG